UCAAAAGGGACUCUCCUCAGUGGGCUCUCAGUUUCUUCGCGCAUCUCGGGGAAAAAAAAAAUGACGGCGUCCUUCGCGCCGUGCGUGCCCCUUCCAGGUCGCUGCGAGAGUCCCAUUUCUUCCCGGUGCUUGUUUGGGAUCCUUGUGGGAUCCCUGGUGUUCCUGCUGUCUGCCUCCUCCGAUGCCUGUGGUCCACCACCACUAUAUCUAGCUAUGGAGACUAUUGAGAAACCUAAAUCCAAUUAUUCAGUUGGCGAAAAAGUACAGUAUCGGUGUAAACCACAGUACUUCUACAUACCUAAACGGAUCAUGACUACUGUUUGCCUGGAAAAUAACUCAUGGUCUCUUGUCUUCGACUAUAAUUGUUUCUCAAAAGCGUGCUCAUAUCUACUACGUCCCGCAAAUGGUGGAUUAACCUACGACAAUGAUGAUGUAGGGUAUAAAUCUAAUGCUCACUUUUCUUGUAAAAAGGGUUAUCACUUAAUCGGUAAAGCAGUUCUAUCCUGUGACCUUGUAAAAGGCGAACUGGCAUGGUCGGGCAAACCCCCACGAUGUGAAAAGAUUGUGUGUGCACGACCUCCAGAAAUAAAAAAUGGAAAACACAACGCUAGUGAUAAAGAAGAAUUUCAGCAUCUGGAAACAGUCACUUACAGUUGUGAUCCUGCACCUGGACCUGACCCAUACACACUUAUCGGAGCAAGGACGAUUUACUGUUCUGGCCUUAGAACAUGGAGUAAUAAUGCUCCUGAGUGUAAAGUGAUCCAAUGUCCACUUCCAGUACUUCCAAAUGGAAAGCAGGUAUCAGGAUUUGCAGAGAAAUUUCCCUACCAAGCAGUGGUUAUGUUGGAAUGCAAUGCAGGGUUUUACCUUAACGGCAGUGAGAUACUCACGUGUGGCAGUAACAGCACCUGGGAACCCUCGUUGCCAUCCUGUAUUGGAGGUCCUUCUCAUCCGACCAAGCCUUCAGUUUCCAAUUAUCCAGGAUAUCCCACUACCCGUGAAGGACUACUUAACUUUGAUGAAUUAGAUGAAUGGACCACUGCUCUGACUGGUAUUACUGGAUUUGUUGGAAUUGCCGUUCUCUGCGUCUGCUUGUACAGAUGUUUUCAGAGGAGGAAGAAGAAAGGGAAAACAGAGGUUAAAGCUGAAUACCCCACUUACCAGCUUAAAUCAACCAGCGCAGCCGAGCAGACAAACUGAAUGGGUCCUGUGCACUGGCUUACCAGUUUACCCUUGGAUUCUGUUGAAAUCUCCAGAUCUAUAAUAAACAUUUCCAGAUUCACUCUCAUGAAUCCAACUGUUAAGUCAUAAUAAUAUUUUUUAUGUGGCUUGAAUGUCAUCACCAGCCUUUCAUGCUGCUUUGAGACGUGUGUGCCUUUGGGCACGAGUUACUGUUUGUGCUCCCUGAAACGGCGCUCAUCACAAGGCGAACAGGUACAGUAUAACCUGGUGCCAUUCAGGGGGAAGCAUGGUUUAUCCUGUAAGAUCUGAAAAAUUAGAGAAAUAUAGUUCAAAAUGAAAUUACAUUUCAUUCAUAAAGAGAUUUUGAAUUUUUUUUUCUUAAAGAUUAUGGCAACUCUUAAGAUUCAUUCUUUCAACAACUCUAAAACAUACUUUAAAAUACUGUUCAUUGUAAAAAAAAAAAAAAAAAACUUUUACAAAUAUUGUAUACUACUUUGGGUCUUACCUAUUGAAAAUAAGAACUUUAGGGACUAGCGAGUGGCCUGGUGGUUAAGGCACUGAACUCCUACAUGACCAACUCCACAGUUCGAGUUCCGGA